CACGCUUUUUCCAAACGAACCUCUAGGGUUUCAUCUUACUCUGCAACUCCAUCUCGAUCGAUCUCAACAUUUCAAUGGCCGACGAACCAGUAGUUCCUUCCACGCCUCAACAACAACAACAACAUCCACCUACGGCCAAUGCCAACGCCGCUCCUCUUGGCCAUAACGUCAUCCCCAUCGUCAACAAACUGCAAGACAUUUUCGCUCAACUAGGCAGCUCCUCUACUAUCGAACUCCCUCAGGUUGCCGUUGUAGGUAGCCAGAGUAGUGGUAAAUCUAGUGUACUUGAAGCUCUUGUAGGUCGGGAUUUUUUACCCAGGGGUUCCGAUAUCUGCACGCGCCGACCCCUCGUGCUUCAACUCCUUCAGAUCAAGAGGAAGCCCGAUGGUACGGAUGAAGAGUAUGGAGAGUUCUUGCACGUACCGGGGAAGAAGUUCUAUGAUUUCAAUGAAAUUCGCAAGGAAAUUCAGGCUGAGACUGAUAGGGAAGCAGGAGGAAACAAGGGUGUCUCUGACAAGCAGAUCCGUUUAAAGAUAUUCUCACCUAAUGUUCUUGACAUCACAUUAGUCGACUUGCCGGGUAUAACAAAAGUUCCUGUGGGUGACCAGCCCACUGAUAUCGAAGCUCGUAUUAGAACAAUGAUAAUGUCGUACAUUAAGCUACCCAGCUGUUUAAUACUUGCUGUGACACCCGCAAAUUCAGACCUCGCCAACUCAGAUGCACUUCAGAUCGCUGGAAAUGCUGACCCUGAUGGUUACCGCACAAUUGGCGUGAUAACAAAGUUGGACAUUAUGGACAGAGGUACAGAUGCUCGCAAUUUUUUGCUGGGGAAAGUGAUUCCCCUUCGACUUGGUUACGUGGGUGUUGUAAAUCGUAGUCAAGAGGAUAUUAUGUUCAACCGGACCAUUAAAGAUGCGCUUGUUGCGGAGGAGAAGUUCUUUCGCAACCGUCCGGUUUAUAGCGAGCUUGCUGAUCGCUGUGGAGUGCCUCAACUGGCGAAGAAGUUGAACCAGAUUCUGGUACAACAUAUCAAAACAGUGCUACCAGGGUUGAAGUCGCGCGUUAGUGCUACAUUAGUUUCUGUGGCGAAGGAGCAUGCUAGCUAUGGAGAGAUCACAGAGUCAAAGGCCGGCAUGGGAGCUCUUCUUUUAAAUAUUCUUUCAAAGUAUUCAGAAGCCUUUUCUUCGAUGAUUGAGGGAAAGAAUGAAGAGAUGUCGACAUCUGAGUUGUCUGGAGGAGCAAGAAUACACUAUAUUUUUCAGUCGAUAUUUGUUAAGAGUUUGGAGGAGGUUGAUCCUUGUGAGGACUUGACUGACGAUGACAUUCGAACCGCCAUACAGAAUGCAACCGGCCCUAGAUCCGCAUUAUUUGUACCUGAAAUUCCAUUCGAAGUUCUUAUUAGAAGACAGAUUGCCCGUUUAUUGGAUCCAAGUGUUCAGUGUGCAAGAUUUAUUUACGAUGAGUUAAUAAAGAUGAGCCAUAAUUGUAUGGUCAAUGAGCUACAGAGGUUUCCUGUUCUCAGGAAGCGGAUGGAUGACGUUAUAGGGAAUUUCUUGCGUGAUGGUCUUCAACCUUCUGAGACGAUGAUUGGGCACAUUGUUGAAAUGGAGAUGGACUAUAUAAACACUUCGCACCCGAAUUUUAUUGGUGGGAGUAAGGCCGUAGAAACUGCAAUACAACAAGUCAAGUCUUCUAGGGUUACAAUUCCAAGGCAGAAGGAUGCUGCCGAGCUUGACAAAGCUUCACAAUCUGAAAGAGGUAUUAAGUCGCGUGCAAUUCUUGGCCGACCAGUCAACGGAUUUGUUACAGAACAGCAAAAUCAGCCUGGGUCUCGGCCGGUUGGCGAGGUUGAGAAACCGACAUCUGGAAGCACAAGCUGGGGGAUCUCAUCAAUUUUUGGUGGGUCAGAUAAUCGAAAUUCUAAUAAAGAGAACUCUAUAAACAAGCCAUUUAGUGAACCUGUUCAUACCAUGGAUCAUAUGGAUUAUGCGUCUUCAAUGAUCCACUUAAAGGAGCCACCUACCGUUUUGAGGCCCUCUGAUGCCAAUUCAGAUCAAGAGGCUAUUGAGAUCCAUGUUACGAAGUUGUUGCUGAGAUCAUAUUAUGAUAUUGUCCGCAAGAACAUCGAGGACUAUGUGCCCAAGGCCAUCAUGCACUUUCUGGUUAACCAUACGAAAAGAGAGUUGCACAAUGUCUUCAUUAAGAAGUUGUACAGAGAUGAUUUGUUCGAACAAAUGUUGCAAGAACCUGAUGAGGUUGCAGUAAAGAGAAAGCGCACCCGGGAUUUGCUACGUGUUCUCCAACAAGCUUUUCGGACAUUAGAUGAACUACCACUGGAAGCUGAAACAGUGGAGAGGGGUUACAGCUUAACCAAUAACGAUCCAACCGGUCUGCCAAAGAUUCAUGGACUCCCAACCUCAUCAAUGUAUCCUUCCACUAGUGGUUCAAGGGACUCCUACACUGCAUCUCCAAAUAAUCAAAGAUCACGUAAGUCUCAUUCAGGAGAGUUGAAUUCACCUUUUUACGGGAAUAUAGAGUCAAAUGGGAACAAUCGCAAUUCUUCCCUUCUUGGUCUUUAUCCAACACACGAUCUGUAAACCCACAAGAAGCAAGUCAAGAAACACAAAAUUCCUUGGAUUUGUACGUGAAACAACUUAACAUAUGGCUUAUGGCUUAUGGUAGAAUACAAGACGCUGUUGUCGUCUUUAUGGGGCUUUUAUCGUAGACUUAUAUUCUUUUUGUAUUCACAUUGUUUUUCUGAGCUCCAAUGGGAAAACCGGAGCAGUUCUGAAUACCACAAUUUCUCUUCGCCCUUCUUAUAAAGAAGUCAAUAAGCCUGGGACUGUUUGUUGUCAAAUAUUUGGGAAGGUUACAAGUGUAAUUGGAAGGCUAUAUGUACAGUUUUGC